ACAAACCCAAACCCAGAGCUCAGAGAUACUUUUAUGACUCGCCUGACUCACCUGACUCACCUGGUCAGCCCAAUCAACUCGGCCUGUUCAUUCCGCUUCUCCUAUUUCGGCUUUAUCACUAGACUGUCUCUCCGUCGUGCCCAAAACACCCUCAUUCUCGCACCCCUCGCACACUUCUCACCCCCGCGAAUCCCCAAAUUUACCUUUUCUGCCACCUGCCCCGACCGCCCCAAACCUUACGCUUCCCCUUCCGCGAUGGAUCCCCAGGCGCCGGCCGCCGAAGGCGAGGACUUCGUCCACAUCGAGAACCCUAGCGCCGAUGAGAGCCUGAGCGAGAGCAUUGUGAAUGUCGAGGAGCCUCCGAGAGAUGAGGAAUACGACGAAGACGUUUCGACAAGCAACGAGGCCGAGAGCUCGGAGUCGAGGAAGGUACUCCCCGAGGAGCUCUCGAGGAGCGUGAUGGUUCUCACGUGUGAAUCGGCCGCCGACGGUGGCGUCUGCGACGUGUACUUGGUUGGCACCGCUCACGUGUCUCAGGAAUCAUGCAGAGAAGUAGAAGGUGUAAUCAGUUUUCUGAAGCCACAGGUUGUUUUCCUAGAACUAUGCUCAAGCCGUGUCGCAGUGCUUACCCCUCAGAAUAUAAAGGUACCAACUAUGGGACAAAUGGUAGAGAUGUGGAAGAAACAGCAUAAUGUAUUUGGAAUACUUUACAGCUGGUUCCUUGCUAAGGUUGCUAGUAAGCUUGACGUUUUUCCCGGUUCUGAGUUUCGUGUGGGAUAUGAAGAAGCAAUGAAAUACGGUGGCAGGGUGAUUCUUGGGGACCGCCCUGUGCAGAUUACAUUACGGAGGACUUGGGAUAAAAUGCCAUUGUGGCAUAAGAUAAAACUUGUAUACUCCUUACUUUUUCAAGCAGUAUUUUUACCAAGCCCUGAGGAUCUUAACAAAAUGUUGAAGGAAAUGGAUGAUGUUGACAUGCUGACUCUUGUGAUUCAAGAGAUGAGCAAGGAGUUCCCUACUCUAAUGGAGACCCUUGUACAUGAGCGGGAUCAGUAUAUGUCUGCCACAUUACUGAAAAUUGCUAGUGGGCAUAGUUCAGUUGUCGCAGUUGUUGGAAAGGGGCAUCUGCAAGGAAUUAAGAAGCAUUGGAAGCAGCCUGUUGUGGUGAAGGAUCUUAUGGUAAUUCCUUCGCAAAAACCAGGUAUUUCUGCCGUGAAGGUCCUGGCAUCUCUUGGUGUUGCAGUUGCCGGGGUGGCCAUAAUAUCGGGCAUCUAUCUUUCGAAGAAGAAAUAGCUCCACUAUAGUUGCUUCCUUGCAGACAUGGUUGGAAGUGGGAAAAGUGCCUCGGCAUGAGAUGUGGAAGGCUAGCAUUUAGGCAGUGAUCCUUAAUUAUGAAGAAAUCCUGAUGGAGUGCACUAGAAAUAUAUGAUCAAAGCUCCCUUUACCUUAGUUGGCUGAUCUCACUUUUUUCAUGUAAAGUAUACCCCGGAAAAUUGUCUUUGAUGACAUAGUGAGGAAUUUUUUUAUUUUUCACAGCCAAAACUCUUUCAGAAUCUCUGAAAAUCAUUCAAUUUCCAAAUGAUGAAUAAGAAACAUAUAUUAUUUAUAUGCCUCCAAGGGAUCUCUGUACACAUGUAAUUAAUUUCAAAGCUCAGGGAUUUACCUUUUUGGUUGCUUUCCAA